AACAAGGAUAAAGAGUUUUGGCAGAGGGCUAAAAGAUGGGAUAUAAUAGUUAUGUUAGAGACAUGGAUAGAAGAAAAGAGAUGGGAAAAAAUAAAGGAAAGACUACCAAGAGAAUUUACAUGGAAGGCGCAAAUGGCGAAAAGAAGAAAUAGAAAGGGAAGAGCGAGGGACGGGAUGCUAAUAGGGGUCAAAAAGAACAUAAAGAUAGAGGAGGAAAGGGAAGAAGAGGUGGAAGGAAGAUUGGUAUGUAAGGUAAGAGUAGGAGAAGAGAUGUGGAGAAUAAUAGGCAUAUAUGUGAAUGGGGAUAUGGAUAGGAAGCUAGAGAGUUUAAAAAGUUGGAUGGAGGCAGGGGUGAAGGAGGUAAAGACAAUAAUAGGGGGAGACUUUAAUGCAAGGACAGGAGAGAAAGGAGGAUGGAUGAGAGAAGAAGAAGCAAAGGAGGGGGGAAAAGGAAGAAGAUCGAAAGACAAGAAAAUAAAUGGAGAAGGUAGGAAACUGAUAGAAUGCAUAGAGAAUAGGGGGUGGUCAAUUCUAAAUGGAAGUGUAAAGGGGGACGAAGAGGGGGAAUUUACUUACAUAGGAGGAAGGGGAGAAACGGUUAUCGACUACAUUAUAGGGGAAGAUAAGAUGAGAGAAAAGAUAGAAAGAGUAGAAAUAGGAGAGGAGGUAGAUUCAGACCAUCUACCGGUGAUAGCGUGGAUAAAGGGAAGCAUGAAUAAAGGAGGGAGAAAACAAAUAGAUGGUAGAAUAAGAAAACAGGGGGUAUGGGACGAAAAAAGAAAAGAGGUGUUUAGAAAAGAAUUAGGAAAUGUGAGAAGAGGAGAUGAAGGAAUACAAGAGGAAAUAGAGGAAAUGGAAAAGAGGUUAAGGACAAUAUUAGAGAAAUGUGAAGAGAAGAAUGGAAUAGAAAAGGGGAAAAAAAGGGGAUGGUGGGAUAAAGAGUGUAAGGAGAAAAAAGAGAAAUGAGGAAAGAAUUAAGAAGCUGAAAAAAAAGGGAGGAGGAGGAGAUAGAUAUAGAGAAAAGAAAAGGGA